GCGGGCUACUUCCGCACCGGGCUCAGCGCGCGCUGUCUGCGGUGUGAAACACGGUUGUUCGGGGGGGAGGAAGCAGUCGCGCCGCGGCGAUGGACGGUCAGGCCGUGAAGGCGAUACUGUUCGACCUGGACAACACGCUCAUUGAGACGAGUCGGGCGGGAGGAAUGGCGAUCACAAAGACCAGUGAACUUUUGAAGACUUCGCUGGGCGUAGACGACAUCACCGCCAGCAGUAUUUGUGACAAGUUCAAGCGGAAGCUUUUCCAGGAGACCUUUGACCCCUCGGCCGGCAGAUCUAUUGAUGAGGUCCGCGUGGGUCACUGGGAGGAGAGCAUCCUGGAGGCUGCGGGCAGUCGUUGCCCCCCACACUCGCUGGCUUCUCAGUGCUACUACCUGUGGAAAAGCAGCCGCCUGGAGUUCCUCAGUCUUUCCCCUGAGAUCCGCGACCUCCUGAGGGAGCUGCGCGGCCGAUACAAGCUGCUGCUGCUGACCAACGGGGAGGCUCAGACUCAGAGGGAGAAGGUGGAGGCAGUCGGAUGUGACGAGUUCUUCGACGCCAUCGUGGUUGGGGGAGAACACGCCGAGCAGAAACCGCUCCUCUCCAUCUUCACGUUGUGUUUCAACAUGCUCCAGGUGGAGGCCCGGGACUGUGUUAUGGUGGGAGACUCUCUGGACACGGAUAUUCAGGGGGGCUUCGACGCCAAAGUACGGGCGACGGUCUGGAUCAGCAGUGCAGCAGCUGCUUUGCCAGAUGGUUCGGUGACACCGGACUACACCAUCCCCACUGUGCUCCACCUGCCAGAUGUCUUGCAACGACUGCGAUGAGCUGAUUCAAGCUCAAUCAAGUGUGUGAAGCUACUGAAUGGGGAGGGCUGUCCCUUCAACCGGGAACUAAUCAUGGAAAUGUUCAAAGAUAAUUGUGAUAAUCGGACUUUCAACUAGGGUACUUUUUUUACUUCUGUGCUUUCUGCUAGGAAUCUUAUUAGAUUAAGGGAUUUAUAUUAGAUUAUUUCUAUUCUACUUGACAUUUCAGAAGAAUUGGUCUGUCAGCUAUAGUUACGAGGGUAAAUAUAUAUAUGGCCUAAAACUUUUAUUCCAGUGUAUGGUGGUUCAUAUCAAUUAUAUAUAUCACAAUAAAGCAAAUUCUUAUUCAGUCUUCCCUAA